UCGCUGCGUGUCGAGGCGCGCGCGCACGCGCCCGGCCCUGGCGGCUGCGGCGGUGGGUCCUCCUCCACCGUCGGCUCGCGCCCUCGCGGAAGCUCGGUAGUGCGCGUGCGCCCGCACCCGCACUCCAAAUUAAAAAGCGGACGGCUAGUGGUGGCCCGGGAGGGGUGGCGGGAGCGGUCCCGGAAAUAAUCUGUUCUCUGUCACCGGGAACUGGCGAGGUAGUUCCUCCGCGGUGGAGAGACCUGGAAUGGCCAAAUAUCAAGGUGAAGUUCAAAGUUUGAAACUGGAUGAUGAUUCAGUUAUAGAAGGAGUAAGCGACCAAGUACUUGUGGCAGUUGUGGUUAGUUUCGCUUUGAUUGCUACGCUGGUAUAUGCACUUUUCAGAAAUGUACAUCAAAACAUUCACCCAGAAAACCAGGAGCUAGUAAGGGUACUUCGAGAACAGCUUCAAACAGAACAGGAUGCACCUGCUGCCGCUCGACAGCAGUUCUACACUGACAUGUACUGUCCCAUCUGCCUGCACCAAGCCUCCUUCCCAGUGGAGACCAACUGUGGACAUCUUUUUUGUGGUCCCUGCAUUAUUGCUUACUGGCGAUACGGUUCAUGGCUUGGAGCAAUCAGUUGUCCAAUCUGUAGACAAACGGUAACCUUACUCCUAACGGUAUUUGGUGAUGAUGAUCAGUCUCAGGAUGUUGUGAGAUUGCAUCAGGAUAUUAAUGAUUAUAACCGGAGAUUCUCAGGACAGCCCAGAUCUAUUAUGGAGAGAAUUAUGGAUCUACCCACUUUACUGAGGCAUGCAUUCAGGGAAAUGUUUUCAGUCGGGGGCCUUUUCUGGAUGUUUCGCAUCAGGAUAAUACUUUGUUUAAUGGGAGCUUUUUUCUAUCUUAUAUCCCCUCUAGAUUUUGUACCUGAAGCCUUGUUUGGAAUUCUAGGCUUUCUAGAUGAUUUCUUUGUCAUCUUUUUAUUGCUUAUCUACAUCUCAAUUAUGUAUCGAGAAGUGAUAACCCAAAGGCUAACCAGAUGAAUAAAAAAAAAACUAAGUUUACUAGGAUAUCUGAGCUAAUGUGUAACGUCAAACAGAAGGACCCAUGGCAGUAUAAAGCAAUGAAGCAAUGGAGUAUUAUCUCACAAACAUAAAACCACUAUAAGACAAACCUUUGAUAAUCAUUUGACAAAUGCCUAGGAAUAUAUAACUGGAAUUUUCACAUGUUGCAGGUUCUAAUGUUAAGUUUAGAAUUAUAAUGAUCUACAGUUGUAUCUUGAUUCUAUGUUGUCUGGAAAAAAUAUGAAAUUACAUAAAAAGGGAUUCUUUUAUCUUUUUCUUUUCCCCAAAAUUACUUAGAUUAAUUGGAUGUGUAGUAAAAUAUUGUUAAAUGUACAGUUUAUCUACCUUCUUCUCAGCGGGUACCUAUAUGAUGAUAUAUAGCUGUGAAAUUCCUCUAAAUAUUUUUGUUACAAUAAAAUAUUAUACACUAUUGGG